CUGGGUCCUCUCCCGGACGCCUGGGUCCUCUCCCAGACACUUGGGUCCCCUGUGGACACCUGCGUCCCCUCCCGGACGCCUGGGUCCUUUCCCGGACACCUGGGUCCCCUCCCGGACGCCUGGGUCCUCUCCCAGACACCUGGGUCCCCUGUGGACACCUGGGUCCCCUCCCGGACGCCUGGGUCCCUCCCCGGGUGACGUCCCUGCAGCCCAAGGCCGGGCGGGUGUCACUGGGGAGACGGUGACCUCGGGGGGCCCCCCCGCCCCCAUCACGCGUGGGCGGGACCUGGAGCCACCGCUGGGGACAUCGGGGACACGUGUGGGGACAUCGGGGACACGCGCGGGGACCCCCCGAUGGCGCCGCGCGGGAGCCGCCCCCUCCCCCUCCUGCUGCUGCUGCUGCUGCCCGGGGGGGGGCCCGCAGGGCCCCCCCCGGGCUGGCCGUGGGGUGACAGUGGGGACACGGGGGGGCCCCUGAGCACCCAGAGGCCGCGAUGCAGCGGGAACCGGCCCGGGCCCCGCUGCCCCCCCCGCCCCCCCCGCCUCCGUUUGGACGUUUCCGCCGCCCCCGAGUUCCCCCCCGCGCCGGGACCGCGCGCCGUGCCCGCUGGGGGGCGCGUGUUCGUGCAGAUCUCUCUGUCCCGGGCCCCCCCCGGUUUGAGCUUCUCCCUCCGCCGCUGUCUCGUGUCCCCCCGCUCGUCGCCGCCCCCGCCCGGUCCGCCCCCCCCGCCCCCCCCGCGGCCGCUCGUGGUUCUGCGGGGGGGCUGCGGGGCGGGGGGGGGCGCGGGGGGGGCGCGGCGGCUGCUCCGCUCGUUCCUGCUCCCCCCGCGCUUCCCGGAGCCGCUGCAGUUCCUGCACUGUCACCUGCGGCUCUGCCGGGCCGGGGGGGGACACGGGGGACACGGGCUGCCCCGGUGCCGGGCGGAGUCAUGUGACCCCCGAGAGGGCGGGGCCUCCGGCUCAGGCUCCGCCCCCCGGCCCCGCUCCGGCCCCGCCCACGGCCGCGCGCUCCGGACCGUCACGCGCCCCAUAGUGGUGACUCUGGGACCCGCCGGCACCGCCGCGCCAGGUGCCCCCCCGCUGCUGUUCCCGCCCCUCCCCCCUGUGCUGCACCGCCCCCCGCCGCCCCCGCCCCCCCCGCGGGCCCCACCCCGGAGCGCCCCCGCGGGCCCCGCGGUGCCCCCCCCGGCUGUCGCCGCUGUUUCCUUCGGGGCCUUCGUGGUGGGGGCAGCGUUGGCGGGGGGGCUGUGGUGGGUCCACGGCCGCACAGCCGCCCGUCGACCCCCCCCCAUCUCCAGCGUUGCCCCCCAGCUCAGAACCAUUGACCCAAAGCCCCUUCCAGCUGUGACCCCCCCAGUUGCGCCCUGAGCCCCUCGGAUGCCUGGGUCCCCCCCGAACGCCUGGGUCCUCUCGGAUGCCUGGGUCCCUGCCCAAAUGCCUGGGUCUCUCCCCGGAUGCCUGGGUCCCCCAGCCCCCCUUCCCCGGGGGGGGGCAAUAAAGGUGUUGUCACCCCCCCA